UGUAGGCGCUACUGACUGUUGUCACUUGCUGUUAUCUGUCAUUCGCUGUUAUUCGUAUUGAAUCGUUUCUCUAGAUAGAAAGUAUUUAAUACUAUUGUAAAUAUGUCAUCGGCUCAUUUGACAGGAGGCAGAUUAAAUGUCGGACUUAUACAGGAACAAGCAAGAAAGCAAUUGCUUUGCUUGCUGGAAAAGUGUGAUGGAUCAAAGGCUAUUAUAUGGGAUCAAUCAUUGGCUGGGCCAAUUGGUCUUGUUGCAAAGUAUAAUUUGUUAGAAGAGUAUGGUGUUGUGAAAAUGUAUCCGUUGUAUGGCGGAACUUUGACAAUACCUUCCAACAUCGCUAAUAUUAUAUUUAUCUCAAGACCACAAUUAGAAUUAAUGGAUUUGAUUGCUGAAAAUGUUCACGGUGAAGAGGGUAAGAGACCACGUAAAGAAUUUCAUUUAUUUUUUGUGCCACGCAAGAGUCUACUUUGUCAAAAGAAGCUUCAGAAUCGUGGUGUAUUUGGUAGUUUUACAUUAUUAGAAGAAUUCAGAUGCGAUCUCUUUCCAUUUGAUAACGAUCUAUUAUCAAUGGAAUUGAGCGGAUCCUUUAAAGAAUUUUAUUUAGAAAAUGAUCCUACAUCUCUGUAUCAAGUUGCGCAAGCUAUACAAGGUUUGCAGAGAUUAUAUGGAAAAAUUUCAAAAGUCACAGGAAGAGGACCAGCUGCUAGCAAAGUUUGGGACCUAUUAGAAAGAUUAAAUAGAGAAGAUGAAGAUAAUAAAACUGUUCCUGCUUCAUCUGUAGCUAUUGAACACUUGUUAUUACUGGAUCGAUCUGUAGAUUUACUUUCACCUUUGGUCACACAAUUGACUUACGAAGGUUUAAUUGACGAAAUAUUCGGAAUAAAAUAUAAUACAGUGCAGUUACCUGCAAGAAAGUUUCAUAAUUCCGAUGAUUCUCCCACAGCUAUGUCUCUGAAUGAAAAAGAACAAAUUAUAUUGAAUUCAGGAGAAGAACUUUUUGCUGAAAUCAGAGAUAAAAAUUUUAAUGGUGUCGGUCCAGUUCUCAAUAAAAAAGCCAAAGUAAUUUCAUCUCAAUUUGAUGAAACGCACGGAGAUAAAAGUGUUCAAGAGAUAAAACAGUUUGUUGCAAGGUUACCACACAUGUUAGCAACAAAACAAUCUUUAGCAAAACAUACUACAAUUGCAGAAAUGAUAAAAGAAGUUACCGACUCAAGCAGUUUCUUAGAAUCAUUGCAACUUGAACAAGAACUGUUAAAUUGUAUUGAUACAGAUAAACCAAAUGCAUACAUUGAAGAUAUGAUAGCGCAACAACAACCAUUACUUAAAGUUCUACGUCUUCUUUGUAUACAAUCAUUGACAAAUUCUGGUUUAAAACCAAAACUAUUAGAUUAUUACAAGAGAGAAAUAAUUCAUGCUUAUGGAUUUCAACAUUUGCCAACUUUAUUGAAUUUGGAAAAGGCUGGGUUAUUAAAACAGCAACAGUCAGUGCGACAGUAUGCAGUUUUGCGAAAAGCACUAAGACUCACAGUUGAUGAUGAGAGUGAAAUAGCACCAAAAAAUAUCAGUUACGUACAUUCCAUAUAUGCGCCAUUAAGUGUGAGACUGGCAGAGCAAUUAGUACAGCAAAACGGAUGGCAAGGAUUAAAUGAUGUAAUGGGAUUGUUACCUGGACCCACUGUAAGCAGUGUUCCAUAUAAUAUAUCUUCAUCAACAAGACGAAAUUCUAUUACUAGUGAGGAUUCUGGUUCUGAACCACCCAAAUUAAUAAUGGUCUUUUUUAUUGGGGGAUGUACUUUUGCUGAAAUAUCUGCUCUUCGGUUUCUGUCACAACAAGAAGACUUGAAUGUCGAGUUUGUUGUGGGAACUACUAGAUUAAUUAAUGGUAACACGUUUCUCACUUCUUUGAUGGAAGAUGUAGAGCAUACAUGAGAAGAGGGGACGGUAUAUGUAUGUGUAUUCUCAUUAAUAUACACACAUUAUAUAUGUAUAUUCUCAAAUACUAAAGUAGAAAUUUAAUUUACACAUGAUCAUAGUGUAUAGUGAAACAAUUCACAAUACACAUAUGUAUAUAUAUAUAUAUAUAAACAAAUUUGUAAACUUUCUGUUAGUCGGUAAAACCAGAGAAUUUUUUUAUAAUGCUCUCAAUUUUUUUUCUUUGAGAAAUUGUAACAAUGAAGAAAAAUACGACGAUAUUAAAACGGCUAGUUGCAACAUGAUCGAGCUAUCGUUAUCGCGUCCGAUUUUGCAUCAUAUAUAAUAUAUACAUAUUGUACGCUAGCGAUUAAAAAUUUGCGGAAAGAAGCUAGUGUACAAAACAGAUAAAAAAGAAUAUGAAAACGUGCGGUGAUAGAAUUCUCAUGCACGUUGUCUACGCCACUUUCUAUAUUAUAUACUAUGUAUACAGACUGCUAAUGUAUAUUGUGUCCUCUGUAAGUAAAAAAACUGGUGCCUGCGCAGAAUAAAGACUGAUCAACCUAA